UCCACUUUAAAUUAACAUUCUGGCUAAAACUGAGAAUGACACACUUGACUUAGCUUCUUACUAAGUAACCUAGUUAAGGAGGAGAGUAUGGCAAAGGUGCAUUGGCUAGUGGCAACAACAUUGCUCGUUGCCUUGUUGUUAGGGGGUGCCCAAAAAGCUGUUUCAUUAUGUGGCAUUGACUCACCUAAACAACUAGAUUUAUGCCGAGAAGCAAUUACUGGCAAAUACCCUCCAAAACCAAAGGAAAAAUGCUGUGCAGUUAUCAGACAUGCCAACUUGACUUGCCUUUGUGGAUACAAGUCUCUCCUACCUUCAGUUGGAAUCAACCCCACAAAUGCUUUGGCAUUACCCCGUAAAUGUGGUCUCAAAACACCACGUCAAUGCAAAGUGGCUUGAAGGAACUCUUGGGAAUCAACUCCACCUUCAUUUGCUGCAUUAGCAUUGGAUGCCCCCUUAAAUAACUAAGUAGUUUGUUUUUGGUCUUUGCCUUUUCUUACAUGUCAGCAAGAUGUAUGAUGUAUCAGUUUCCUAUCUAGUACAUUUUACAAAGUUUAUGUUAUUUUUUUGAA